CCUCUUCUUCUCCCUCCCUCUCUCCCUCUCCCUCUGCUUCUCGUCCUCUAUCUCCCUCUCCCUCUCCUUCUCCUCUGCUACUAAACAUCACUCUCAGUUUAUCCUUCCCUCUGAUACAAAUAGUUCCAACAGCCAACACUGCAAACGAGAUUCGUGAUCAAAUGGCUGAUCUUUUUAGCAUUGUAGUUGAUUCGAUAUCAGUCGUGAGAUUGCUCUAUAUCGAUCCUGAUACCGGAAUGAAGACAAUAGUCAAAGAAGUCACGUACUCACGGACUAGACGUCAAAACGGAGAGGAGACUGUAAACGGAGUUGAGCUUGUUGUAACAACCAAUGACUCAGCAACUAUUGGCAAUACAGUGAACAGUUUUAAUCAACAAAUUCAAAAUGGCAGCAAUGUCACUCUAACUUUGAAUGGUCGCAAUGUUUCCCUGGAUUCCUUUGAGAGUGUUAUAACGUCGCCCACUCCUUCUCCAACAGUCACGCCUACUUCAUCGACCACACCUCCUGUUAAUACGCCUGGUUCUACUACUACACCAACCGAUGAUGGUGGACUGACCUCUGGUGCCAUUACUGGUAUUAUAUUGGCCUGUUUGCUGGGUUUCCUUAUAGUGCUUGUUAUUGCUGUGGCUGUUAGCUAUUUUGUAUACACAAGAGCUGGAAAAAUUAAAAGUUAUUCAUUCAAUAAUGGACAUUUUGAACUGAAGAAGAAUUCCCCACGGAAAGAUGAUGAAAUGCCUCCAGAAUGAAAUAACAGACAUCAUCGAACACUAAGUAAUUAUAUUAUUAAUUGAUCAUGUGACAUUAUUUCUAUUAUACUUUUUGUAUAUACAUCUAAUGCUCUUGAUUAGAACUCAAUUCUCAGUUUAUCUUAUGUACAAAAUUUAAUGUUUAAACACUAUGAUAUUAUACACAUUGUACAAUGUAUCUACAUUUAAAAGAAUGGAUGGAUAAUAAUUAUUAGAAAUUAGAAUUAUAGUUAUUAUACACCAACUGUACUAUUAUUGUGUAAGUAUAGUUAUUGAGUUUAUUGCAGAACAUUGCAUUUUGCAAGU